AGGCAUAAGUGCGCGUGCGCACUGCGGGCUGGGUUGCAGCAGCAGGCAGGCAAAGCACAAGCGAAGCCAAGCGGCGGCGGCGGCGGCAGCGGCGGUUGAGCUCGCGGUCGGUUCCUCUAGCGCCCGAUCACCAUGGCCGAUGACCUGGACUUCGAGACCGGCGAUGCCGGGGCCUCCGCCACCUUCCCCAUGCAGUGCUCGGCCCUCCGCAAAAACGGGUUUGUGGUGCUCAAGGGGCGUCCCUGCAAGAUCGUCGAGAUGUCCACCUCCAAGACCGGCAAGCACGGCCACGCCAAGGUGCACCUGGUUGGCAUCGACAUCUUCACCGGGAAGAAAUACGAAGAUAUCUGCCCUUCCACCCACAACAUGGACGUGCCCAACAUCAAGAGAAACGACUUCCAGCUGAUCGGGAUCCAGGAUGGGUACCUGUCCCUCCUCCAGGACAGCGGGGACGUGCGGGAGGACCUGCGUCUGCCCGAGGGGGACCUGGGCAAAGAGAUCGAGCAGAAAUACGACUGUGGAGAAGAGAUCCUGAUCACCGUGCUGUCCGCCAUGACCGAGGAAGCUGCUGUUGCCAUCAAAGCCAUGGCUAAAUAAAGGAACCACAGGGCGGCGGCAGCAACUUUUACUACGAACCAGAGAGAAUUGCAACCCCCCCAAAACCGGCUCCAUGUGGCUCAGUCCCCCCCUUAAAC